AUGGUGCUACUGCUGCUGGUGGCCAUUCCGCUGCUGGUGCACAGCUCCCGCGGGCCCGCGCACUACGAGAUGCUGGGUCGCUGCCGUAUGGUGUGCGACCCACAUGGGCCCCGAGGCCCGGGCCCCGACGGCGCGCCGGCUUCGGUGCCCCCCUUCCCGCCGGGUGCCAAGGGAGAAGGAGGCCGGCGCGGGAAGGCAGGCCUACGGGGACCCCCAGGACCGCCAGGCCCCAGAGGGCCUCCAGGAGAGCCAGGCAGGCCAGGUCCCCCAGGCCCUCCCGGCCCAGGCCCCGGAGGGGUGGCUGCCCCUGCUGGCUACGUGCCUCGAAUAGCCUUUUACGCGGGCCUGCGGCGGCCUCAUGAGGGUUACGAGGUGCUGCGGUUUGAUGACGUGGUGACCAACGUGGGCAACGCGUAUGAGGCAGCCAGCGGCAAGUUCACUUGCCCCAUGCCGGGUGUCUACUUCUUCGCUUACCACGUGCUUAUGCGCGGCGGCGACGGCACCAGCAUGUGGGCUGACCUGAUGAAGAACGGACAGGUCCGUGCCAGCGCCAUUGCUCAGGAUGCGGACCAGAACUAUGACUACGCCAGCAACAGCGUCAUUCUACACCUGGAUGUGGGAGACGAGGUCUUCAUUAAGCUGGACGGCGGGAAGGUGCACGGCGGCAACACCAACAAGUACAGCACCUUCUCCGGCUUCAUCAUCUACCCAGACUGA